UCUGCUCCGCCUGGUACAGUACCGUGACUCGAUCCAGACUUUCUUAUACCAGACAAUCAAAGCAAGCACCGACGAAGCGGCAGAAUUUUCGUGAAAGAAUCACACACAGUGAGCAGCAUGCGGCAUCAAAACGCAGCUUGGCGGCCAUGGUGCGUCAUCAUCACGACACUCAUCACUUUCAGCACGAUUUCAGAAUCGACCAACACGACGUGCGACUUCGAGUCUGGAUUUUGUGGCUGGAAAAACUUGCUCAGCAAUGGCGUGAACUGGAGACUGAUGAGCGGCUCAACGCCGUCUGUUGGAACGGGCCCUACUACGGAUCACACAAAAGGAACAUCCUUAGGUCAUUACGUGUACAUUGAGACGUCAGGAGUAAGAAAUGCACAAGCUGUACUUGCAAGUUCUGCUGUAACCAACUCAAAUAAAAUGACCUGUAAAUUAUCAAUGGCAUAUCACAUGUACGGCUCACAAAUUGGUACAUUGGAAGUGAUUGCUCACACUACGUACGGAAACUCUCCAGUGUGGAGUCAUUUUGGCAACCAGGGGAAUCAGUGGCUAAACACUACUGUUGACUUUGGAAGCAUCACUGGCUCGUUUGAAAUUUAUGUACGUUUGUUAUUGCUAGUGAUCAGAACUGAAAGUACUAAUUGA